AUGAGCAGCCUCGAAGAAUCCCUGAGAUCUCUGUCGUUGGAUUUUCUAAACCUUUUAAUCAACGGUCAAGCUUUCUCCGACGUGACUUUCAGCGUCGAAGGUCGUCUAGUCCACGCCCACCGUUGCAUCCUCGCCGCCCGGAGCCUUUUCUUCCGCAAAUUCUUCUGUGGGACCGACCCACCACAAUCAGGCACAGGCAUAGACCCGACCCGACAUGGUUCAGUACCCGCUAGCCCAACAAGAGGCUCCACGGCCCCAGCCGGAGUCAUACCAGUGAACUCAGUCGGUUACGAGGUGUUUCUGUUGCUGCUUCAGUUCCUUUACAGCGGACAAGUCUCCAUCGUUCCUCAGAAACACGAACCGAGACCGAAUUGCGGAGAGAGAGGAUGUUGGCACACGCAUUGCUCAGCCGCCGUCGAUCUUGCUCUCGAUACACUCGCUGCUUCUCGUUACUUCGGCGUCGAGCAACUCGCAUUGCUCACUCAGAAACAAUUGGCAAGCAUGGUGGAGAAAGCCUCAAUUGAAGAUGUGAUGAAAGUCUUGAUAGCAUCAAGGAAGCAAGACAUGCACCAACUAUGGACCACUUGCUCUCACCUAGUCGCUAAAUCAGGUCUCCCCCCGGAGAUUCUAGCCAAACAUCUCACCAUCGACGUCGUGGCCAAGAUUGAAGAGCUUCGUCUCAAAUCUUCCAUAGCUCGCCGUUCUCUAAUGCCACAUCAUCACCAUGAUCUCACCGUGGCUCAAGACCUUGAAGAUCAAAAGAUUAGAAGGAUGAGACGGGCUUUGGACUCAUCAGACGUGGAGCUAGUGAAGCUAAUGGUUAUGGGAGAAGGACUCAAUCUUGACGAGUCAUUAGCGUUGCAUUACGCUGUUGAAAGCUGUAGUAGAGAAGUUGUCAAGGCUUUGCUUGAACUUGGAGCAGCCGAUGUGAAUUACCCUGCCGGUCCUGCGGGGAAAACACCAUUGCACAUUGCGGCUGAGAUGGUCUCUCCUGACAUGGUGGCUGUUCUGUUAGACCAUCACGCUGAUCCGAAUGUGAGGACGGUCGGUGGAAUCACUCCUCUUGAUAUCCUUAGAACGUUAACGUCGGAUUUCUUGUUCAAGGGGGCAGUUCCUGGAUUGACUCACAUUGAACCAAACAAGCUUAGGCUUUGCCUCGAGCUUGUUCAGUCCGCUGCAAUGGUGAUAUCACGAGAAGAAGGAAACAAUAACAAUAAUGAUCACAACAACAACGCCAUUUACCCUCAUAUGAACGAGGAGCACAAUAGUGGAAGUAGUGGAGGAAGUAAUAACAAUUUGGAUUCAAGAUUGGUGUAUCUCAAUCUUGGAGCGGGUACGGGUCAGAUGGGUCCGGGUAGGGAUCAAGGAGACGACCAUAACAGUCAGAGGGAAGGUAUGAGUCGGCAUCAUCAUCACCAUCAUCAUGACCCAUCUACUAUGUAUCAUCAGCAUCAUCAGCAUCACUUCUAG